GCAGCAGGUGACAUCCCCUCAGGAGGGGGAGCUGCGGAUCAGGAGAAACGAGAGAUACGACAGCAAACAGCGGCCUGAGCACUCACGAAUGGAAAAGUUACGGGAUUCGUGAUCAAUGAGUGCUGAUGCCUUCGCUGAAAACCGCCAAGUUUUGCUGAUCGGUGAGCGAGCUUUCAUGUCACCACCCAGCUCCCUACUUCUGGCAAACUGGUAAAAAGCACAAAAAUCGCUCUCCGCAGUGUGCGAAUUGGCUCCCGCGGUCGGGACAACGCUGUGACAUUUAACACCGAGAGCCGGGGCGGGCAGGACGCUGCGGGAGGGCCCGCGGGUCACGGUGAGCGCCGGGAGCUCCCGGCCCCUCACGGGCCCGCCCUGCGCGGAGGCGGGCGGAUCUCGCGAGACCUGGGCGGCGCCGCGGAGCCGAGUUUGAACGGCGGCAACGGCCGUCCUGACCCACUCAAGAAGCUGUUUGUGGAAGGUGAUCAGCUCCGGACAUCUUUCAGCCCGGGUGUGCUACGUGGUAGGCGCAGAUAUGCUCUUGUGUGGAGUGCAAGAAUAAGGUCAAGAAUUACUUCAAUGGGCUUCUGGAGUGUCGAAUAAAAAAAGAAAAAUGGAGGCAGCAGAGACCAUUUUAAGUCUUAAACAGCAACUGAAGGAAGCAGAGAACGAGCGAAGAAAGGCAGCACAAUAUGGUUUGCAUUUACUGGAGUCCCAAACUGAGGUUCAAAAUAAGCUGGAUCAAACAUGCUGUGAAUUGACUGAGAAAACUGAGAAAUUUGAACAAGAGAAAUACACUCUUCAGAGAGAAAUUGAACUCAAGAAUCGAAUGUUGGAAAGCUUGAAUUUUGAGUGUGAUUCCCUUAAGCAACAGCAAAAUGUGCAACUGGAUAAACAGAAAGAACAGCUUGACAGAGCCUAUGGACAAGAAAUCAGUGACCUUAAAAAUAAGUUGGAGAACCUGAAAGCAGAACUGGAUGAAACUCGACUCUCAGAGAAACAACUGAGACAAAAAGUGGAGCAUCAGAAGGAAAUAAUUGCUGCCAAGUCAGAAGAACUGCACCUGAUGUCUGAGCGUGUGCAUGAGACCAUGUCUUCAGAAAUGCUCAGCCUGCAGAUAGAGCUCACUGAACUCCAGAGUCAGAAGGCCAAUGAUGAAGAAAAGCUGAACGAGCUGCAGUGCAGUAAAGAACAGUUAGAGCUUGUGAACAGUAACUUACGGAACCAGCUGGAGCAGCUGCAGGGGGAAAAAGAAGAGAGGGAAAAAGAAGUUGUUUUUUACUCUAAUGCAUUAGAGAAAGCUCGUGAGGCUAAUCAGGAGCUUCAGGUUCAGCUGGAUCACGCAGUGCAGCAAUCUUUGGACCCUACAAGUAAAGGCAAUUCUCUCUUUGCUGAGGUGGAGGACCGUAGGGCAGAAAUGGAACGACAGCUGAUCAGUGUGAAAGUAAAAUAUCAGUCCCUACAAAAACAGCAUGCAUUCAGUAGAGAACAAUUGCAAAGAAUGAAGCUGCAAAUGGCUACACUGCUACAGCUGAAGGGCUCCCAAGCAGAAUUUGAUCAGCUGGAACGCUUACAGUCCAUGUUAGAGCAAAAGAAUGGUGAAAUAGAAGAUCUUCUUAUGAAAGUGAGGCAGCUAGAAAAAUUUAAGAGUUUAUAUGAGAAUAUGGAGGAGUCCAGACCUGCUAAUGGUGCAAAAGGAAGUGAUUCUGAAAAUGGCUACUAUGCAGAUUUACUGCAAAUUAAACUUGACAACUCAAACAAGGAAAUGGAAACACUGAAAAAUGAAUUAUCCCUGCAGAGAAUGAAAGCUCUGUAUGAGAGCCAAAGGGUGCUGGAGUUUGAAAGGAAGCUCUUCACAAAUGAGAGGCAUUUGCAGGCUUGUCAGAGUGAGAACAUGAACCUGCGGGUUAUGCUGGAUGAGCUGAAAAUGAAAUACGAACCUGAAGAAUUACUUAAAGGGCCUAAAAUUAAAAAGAAGAGGGAGAAGAUUCCAGUGAAUGGAACUUGUGAGUACUUUGACAGCAAAAACAGUCCAGUGAAGGAAACUGCUCAUACUCAAUUGCCAAGUAAGGAGGGGAAAAAGAUGACUACCAAGAACCUGGAGCAAAGUGAUGCUUCUCCAAAAAAACAGCCUUUCCAAGCAUCCCCACUACAUACAGCUUUCCAGGCAAUACGAAACAUUGUUGAACCUGAAAGAGAAAGAAAAAGAGUUAGGAUUCAAGAUGAGAACCAUGUUGCCUUUACUUCCAAUAGCAGAAAUGGAAACAAUUCCUCAUCUCCAGCUGUCCCCAGGUUAACAGCUGAAUCCAGAUUUGAAACUACAGAAGAAGAUAAGAGAGAAACUAAAAUCCCAACAGAGAAGAAAACACAGAAGAAGAAACAUUCCACAUUGUAUGUAUCUUCUAAGGCAAGUUCUGAAACUCAGUGUGCUCAGCAAUAAAUCACUUCUGCAAGGAACCUGGGCACUUUGGGGUCCUGCUUCAGCAGGAGCUGCUGAGUGAACUCUGUCUCACAUCAGUGCACAGAUUGCUAACCUGAAUAUUGAUCUGCCUGCUGGUAUGAAGGGUGGGAUUGCCUGGCAGAGCUGCACUUUUGGUAACUUCCCUAAGGGCACCUCCUGUGUUCCCUGCACUUGACCUGAGGUGUGGCCUGUUCUCCACUCUUGGCAGUCUCUAAACACAUUAAUUGCUCUUUCUUUGAAGCAUGGGGCUGUCGUGGAGGAGAAGUUCUGGUUAACAGAACCGGUUACAUGCUAAGACAGGCAAGACAGUAUUGAUGGAGAACUCACUUAAGUGAUGUGCUCCUAAAUUUCUUCCAGUUUCUAGAUUCAGAAUUCUUAAUAUUUUUCCUCCUAAUGUAUAACUUUGAACUUUCAGGCCGACCUAUUUGCAAAAGUGCAGGUGAAUCACUGUGUGUUUUGUUGGUCAGUGUUUGAAACUCUAUGGAUUCUUGUAUUUUUACUAUUAAUUAAAAUAAAGGUUUAUUUCUUUCUUUAUACAAUGUAGCCUGUAUUGUAUUUGAGAAGAAACAUGUAUCCAUUUUUUCAAAUGAAGGUGAUGUCUUUUGUAGAACUUUUUGUUAAAAAAAAAAAAGUACCUCUCAAUAAAUAAUAAGAAAGUGU